GGGUGGUGACAAGGUAACCAGGCGACAUCUCUGCCCCCGACUGGCGAGUAUGUGAGCUGCAGAACCUGCCAAAUUGUCACGCCUUAGCUCUCUAUCCCUACACCUCCCAAAAGGCUUUGAGGAGGUGGUGUUGGAAUGCCUGUGCCACCGUUGCCGGGGCGACGACUUGGUUACUUCCGUUGGUCUCAAUGCUUCCGGGUUGGCAUUGCGGUGGCGUUUCCGACUGUGGGAGCCUCGGCUUCCCAGUCGUCCGAUGAGCCCGAGCAGCACCAGAAAAGUACCACUGUAAGCCAUGAGAUGUCUGGUCUGAAUUGGAAACCCUUUGUAUAUGGCGGCCUUGCCUCUAUUGUUGCUGAGUUUGGAACGUUCCCUGUGGACCUGACCAAAACACGACUUCAAGUUCAAGGCCAAAGCAUUGAUGUUCGCUUUAAAGAGAUAAAAUACCGGGGAAUGUUUCAUGCCUUGUUCCGCAUCUAUAAAGAAGAAGGUGUAUUGGCUCUGUAUUCUGGAAUUGCCCCUGCCUUACUAAGACAGGCAUCAUAUGGCACCAUUAAAAUUGGCAUUUACCAAAGCUUGAAGAGAUUAUUUGUAGAACGUUUAGAAGAUGAAACUCUUCUAAUUAAUAUGAUCUGUGGGGUAGUGUCAGGAGUGAUAUCUUCCACUAUAGCCAAUCCCACUGAUGUACUAAAGAUUCGAAUGCAAGCUCAGGGGAGCUUGUUCCAAGGCAGCAUGAUUGGCAGCUUCAUCGAUAUAUACCAACAAGAAGGUACCAGGGGUCUGUGGAGGGGUGUCGUCCCAACUGCUCAGCGGGCUGCCAUCGUUGUGGGCGUAGAGCUACCAGUCUAUGAUAUUACAAAGAAGCACUUAAUCUUGUCAGGGGUGAUGGGAGACACGAUUUUAACUCACUUUGUUUCCAGCUUUACAUGUGGGUUGGCUGGGGCUCUGGCUUCCAAUCCCGUUGAUGUGGUUCGAACUCGCAUGAUGAACCAGAGAGCAAUUGUGGGACAUGUGGAUCUCUACAAGGGUACUUUGGAUGGAAUUUUAAAGAUCAGGAGCACUGGUAUGACCUGUGAGCUUGGAGAAAUGCAGAAUCCUAGGCCCUGCCCAAGACCUACAGAAGCAGAGUCUGCCUUGGAGCAAGAUCCCCAGGCACCCACAAGCUGAUUUAAACUAAUCUCAGCAGCUUUGGAGAAUAGUGAACUCCCUGCCAUUGGAAGGAUGCAAGCAGAGCCUGAAUGCUCACCUGUCCGGAGGGCAAUAGAGGGAAUUCUCGUGGUGGUGCAAAACAUCUGCAAAAUGUUGUUAUUCCCAUUGAGCUGGCUUUCAGUCCCUAUGCCACCUGUUUUUGAAGGGGCCCCUGGGAAUCCCUACCCCCCUUAGCCCCUUAGCUUUCCCCACCUCUGUGUCCUCCUUGAGCUUUUCUGUCCCUUUUCUCACACUACCACAUGGACUCAGCUAUCUGUCCUAUGGCUGUGCCCAUGCCAGGGGAUCAACACCACAGAGAACAUGGUUCCUUCCGGGAAGCUCGGUGGUCAGUCCUCAUGGUCCUGAGGCUGAGGGUUCUCAGAGUCUCCAGAGUGGAGCACUGACAAGGUAAACACGCUGGGGUUGACAAAGGGGAGGAAGGGGAAGGAUGAGAGGGCUUAUUCUCUGGUCAAACUAUCCCAUAACCAAUGAGUUAAAUGGUCAUAGUGAGUUAUAGUGGGCUUUCACCAAGGGUGCAGCGGGGUGCUUCAUCCACCCUGAGGGCAUGGGACCGAGAACCAGAACCUUCACCUGGAGUGGCAGUGGAGGAGGAACCAGGCUUCAGGAGAGGCCGCCUUCAGAGCUGGGCCUCUGGGAGAGGAGCUCUAGGAAGAUAUCCAAAACAAGUCAAACCUGAUUCCUUGUUGUGCGUAGACCAGCCAUUUGCCUCUAUGGUUUAGCUGCAUCUAGCCCAAGGACAAAGGCAGCAGUGACAUUUAAUAUCUCUUCAUGAAUGACCAGACUGGACCUCCAUUGCUAUUAGAUAUUAUGCAGUGGUAUGAAAAGAAUAGGAUAGACUUAUGUGUCCUAACACAGACCUCCAAAGCAUAUUGUUGAUUGAAAAUCAAGUCACACAUCAGUAUGUAGAAUCUGGACCUACCUAUGAAAAUAAAACCCCACACCCCAGUUUUGUGUGUGUGAAAAAAUGCAUAGAAAUCAGAAUCAAUGCACGUUAACAGAGAGGGAAUAACUGAGGAGGGGACAGGGGUUGGGGGUGAUGUUCAGAGAGUGACUGUCACAUUUACUUUGAAUACUUCUGACUUGUUAUAUAUUUUCACAGCGAGUACCUAUUUAUAUAAUUUCAAAAGGAAAAAAAAAACCUCCUCAACCUCCUCCCCAUUCCAGCUCAGGAACCACUUUGCCAAGGCCCUUUGCAGACCGCACAAAAAUGUAUGUGGCACACACAUACCUUUUAUCUACGAAUAUAUGUAGUUAUGUAUUUGCUUUUGCUCAUAUUGUUACUUGCCUGUGCUAUAGCUGUAGAAUGAGGUGUGUGUGUGUGUGUGUGUGUGUGUGUGUGUGUGUGUGUG